GGACCGCCCUCACUCACUCUCUCCAUUCUCAUCCAUCGCUUGCGAUUAGAGAGAGAGAGGGGCCUAGAGAGAGAAAGUGCAAGAGCAUUGUGGAAGAACAAUGAUUCCACAGCAAUGGGCAUCGCCAUGUGGAAACGAAUGCACGCACAAAUACGCAGCUCUUACGCAGAUUCCAUGGAGAGUAUUUUGCAAAAAGGGGUGUGAUGCGGAUGGUGAGACAUGGGAGGAAUGUUUGGAGGAGUGCAACGAAAUUUGCUAUAAGGACCCAGUUUUAAAGGACCGGCAGUGGAGUGCUUACAUUGACCGUUCUCCCGGUUCUGCCAGUUACUCAGAGGAAUGCUUCCAUGCUUGCGUAGCUGGCUGUGGCUACAAGUUUGAGAUUCCUUCAGAAAAAGUUGAUCAAGUUCAUCCUAACAGGCCAGCGCCAGCCAAACCUCCCACUUCCCCGAAACCACCCCCACCUAUUGUUGAUGCCAAUCCAUCCUCUAAAUCCGGUCCAGCUACCAAAGACUUACCAGACACUUCUGCGUAGUGACAGAGAACAUAGUUCUACAGCACAAUGGUUGGAUUCCUGAAGCAUCAGGUGGCUUUUUAGGGUUUUGAUAGCGUAUCUUUCUCAGCUAAUCUAUAAGUUUUGUCCCCAAAUUUUAUGACGACGACCUGAGGUUAGCAGCUGACAGGGCAGAUGAUGACUCAGGCAAUUAUGUAUUUGGAAACGCCUCGUAAUCUCUAGUUCCAAUAUGAAUAUAUACAAUGUUCUCUGUUGAUCUUCAUCAGAUGUUAAUGAAAAUGAAUGAAGUGGUCUUAUAAAUGUGUUUGAGAA